GUGUGCAUAAAACACAUGUUCUCAGUCUAUCGGUGCUUUCAGUGGCAAAGGGACGUACAUAUCAUUUGUUAUUGUAGAUUGCACAUUUUUAGUGAAAACAUUUUACUCGGUAUUUUUCGCACAAAAGCAAAAUCAACACAAAAAUAAAAGAAGGAAUUUGGUUUUACAUUCUUUUGGUUAAUAAGACAAUGUCCUCGCUCCCCGCAACUUUUGUGAAAGACUUCCACGAUGAAAAGCUCUGCAAGCGCAUGGAAUAUCGUACACACGGUCUUACCGGUUUGGAGGUGUCAAAAGUGUCCUUGGGUACCGGCACAUUGAGUGAUUUUUACGGUGAACUUGAUGUGGAUGAGGCCAUAAAAACCAUACACAAAGCACUCAAGUCAGGUAUUAACUACAUUGAUACAGCACCAUACUAUGGGCAGGGACGUUCCGAGGAGGUAUUGGGCAUGGCUUUAAAAGACGUGCCGAGAGAGGCAUACUAUAUAGCUACAAAAGUUGGACGUUAUGAAAAAGACUUUGGGAAAAUGUUUGAUUUUUCAGCGAAAAAGACCAGAGCAAGUGUGGAGAAGAGUUUAAAAUUACUUGGUAUUGACUAUGUAGACAUUAUUCAGAUUCAUGACAUCGAAUUCGCGAAAGAUCUUGACAUUGUCAUCAACGAAUGUCUGCCCGAGUUGGAGAAAAUCGUAAAAGAAGGAAAAGCGAAAUUUAUCGGUGUAACCGGAUACCCAUUGGCGCGCCUAAAGGAAUGCAUUGAACGUGCACCAGACCGUUUUCAUUCGGUGUUGACUUAUACGCGCUACUCACUACUAGACGACUCGCUCAAAUCGUAUUUGGACUUCUUCCAGCAACAGAAUUUGGGCAUUGUGUGCGCUUCCGGACAUGCACUUGGCCUUCUGACGAAUGCCGGUCCACAGGCGUGGCAUCCAGCCGGCGAGGAAAUAAAAGAGAUAUGCCGGAAGGCUGCAAACAUUUGCAAAGAGGCUAACGUCGAACUCGGCAAGUUGGCCAUGCACUACUUUAUGCAGUUGGAUGGUGUAAGCACCUUCCUGACCGGAAUGCAAACGCGCCAACUAUUGGAUAUCAAUCUGGCCGCAUACUACGAUGGACUUAACAAGAAGGAGCAGGAAGUGUUACAACUAUUACGCGACACCAUUUUCACUAAGUCACUCAACUGGGAAGGCAACGAAUUGGAAACAUAUUGGGCAGCCAUGAAAACAAAGAAGUAAUACGGAAGCUGGUUUAUUAAAUCUGUAACGAGAAUGCAAUUGAAUGAAUUUUG